AUGCUUUCUUCAUCAUUCAAAUCAGAUAGCUUCAAGGGCCAAAGCCUUGAUAGCGACAGCUUCAACACCAACUUUGACCAUGCUGCUGCUGGACAUGACGGACUCCGGUGUCACUUAUCCGGCUCCCUAAUCGCCAAACCCUGCACGCACGAAGAAGUCGCAUUCUACGAAUCGAGUGUACACCACCGUAAUUUCCACGCUUUCAUGCCCCAGUAUCUGGGAACUUUGACAGCUUCGGACAAACAACCGUCGCUUUCCAUUGUUCCGGGUGCGCAGAACCAUAGCAGAUCGGUACUUUCGUCGCUGGUAACACCGUCCAACGGCUUCACGGAGAAGAAUUCGACAUCUGCUCACUAUCACCGACAUCAUCAUCACAAGAUCACCCCAGAAAAGGCAUGGACGCCAUCGGGAGGGCGCAAGUUGGAUACUGGUAUUUCGAUUGUGCUGGAAAAUGUUGCCGAAGGGUUUAAACGUCCGAAUGUAUUAGACGUUAAGCUCGGGUCUCGGUUAUGGGCAGACGAUGCUCCUCCAGCAAAACGCGCAAAGUUGGAUGCCGUGUCAAGAGAGACGACCAGCUCUAGCUUGGGAUACCGAAUUGCGGGUAUGAAAGUUUGGGUUGGCUACGACGACCAGAAUGGAUUGGCGGCAGAUGCUAUAGAGGCGGAAUUUACGGAUCCAUACAUGACCAAAUACGAAGGCUCAGAGGCGCCAAAAGGAGAGGUAGUUGAAAAGAACGGAUAUAAACGUUACGACAAAUGGUACGGGCGUGCUUUUACUGCCGACAAUGUGAAGCAAGGAUUCGAAACUUUUCUAGCGGGCGCCAAAGCCGGCAAAGUGGACCGCUCGAAACUUAUUGCAUCGCGAAUUCUGCAGGAACUUCGAGCUCUCCAGUUUGCGUUAGAAUCGGAAGAGAGCAGAAUGUACUCGUCUAGCAUUUUAGUGAUCUACGAGGGAGACCCGGAUGCCCUUGAAGAGGCGCUGAAAUUCGAGGAGGCCCAAAAAGAUUUAGACUCUCGAUCGUCUUCGGAUACUGGAACUGAGCCUUUGGAUGAUAUUGAAGAGUUUGAUAUUACUGAGCUUGGUUCGUUGCAACCGAUGAACAUUGCCAACGGCAUUCCGACUGGUGCCGCCAAUGGUAGCGGUGAAGCACACGAUAUCUCUGGAGCAUUGAAUAUUCAGAGCAUUCAAGAUAUCCAGAGUAUUCAAAACAUCCAAAUAGACCCAGAAUCACUCGCAAAUAUGGAAGGCAGCGACGCCUCCAGUGAAGACGAGGUUUCUAUCAAAGUGCAUGACUUCCGCUUAAUCGACUUUGCGCAUGCAAGCUGGACGCCGGGCCAAGGCCCCGAUGAAAACACAUUGAUAGGAAUCAGAAAUCUUAUCAAAAUCAUGGAAGAACUCGCCGGUGAAAAUGAAUCAUAG